AGGAAAAGCGUUUGCACCUUCGCUGCUCCCACCCAAAGAAGUCUCCCUGGGAUUUUGUUUGGGUUUUUUUUGUUGUUGUUUUGUUUUUUUAAUUUCCCUCCGGGCUGCCUCUUCAUCUAUCCCCUUCUUUCCCUCUCUGUUCGUGCACCCAAGUCCUGUCUGUGUCCCCUCGCGCGCCCGCACCUCGCGUCCCCGCUUGCUCCCCUUCGGCGACUCUUUGGCGGCCGCUGCGCAUGGAGAGCUCUGCCAAGAUGGAGAGCGGCAGCGUCGGCCAGCAGCCGCAGCCGCAGCCGCAGCCGCAGCAGCCCUUCCUGCCGCCCGCAGCCUGCUUCUUUGCCACGGCCGCGGCGGCGGCGGCGGCGGCAGCGGCGGCGGCGGCGCAGAGCGCACAGCAGCAGCAGCAGCAACAGCAGCAGCAGCAACAGCAGCAGCAGCAGCAGCAGCAGCAGGCGCCGCAGCUGAGCCCGGCGGCCGACGGCCAGCCCUCAGGGGGCGGUCACAAGUCAGCGUCCAAGCAAGUCAAGCGACAGCGCUCGUCCUCGCCCGAACUGAUGCGCUGCAAACGCCGGCUCAACUUCAGCGGCUUCGGCUACAGCCUGCCGCAGCAGCAGCCGGCCGCCGUGGCGCGCCGCAACGAGCGCGAGCGCAACCGCGUCAAACUGGUCAACCUGGGCUUUGCCACGCUCCGGGAGCACGUCCCCAACGGCGCGGCCAACAAGAAGAUGAGCAAGGUGGAGACGCUGCGCUCCGCGGUCGAGUACAUCCGCGCGCUACAGCAGCUGCUGGACGAACACGAUGCGGUGAGCGCCGCCUUCCAGGCUGGCGUCCUGUCGCCCACCAUCUCCCCCAACUACUCCAACGACAUGAACUCCAUGGCCGGCUCGCCGGUCUCCUCCUACUCGUCCGACGAGGGCUCUUACGACCCACUCAGCCCCGAGGAGCAAGAGCUGCUCGACUUCACCAACUGGUUCUGAGGGGCUCGGCCUUGUCCUGGCCCCGGUGCGAGUGGACUUUGGAAGCAGUUAUAGGGUCACCGCACAACCUACAUCUUUAGUGCUUUCUUGUCAGCGAUGUUGGAAGGGAGGAAAAAAAAAGAAAAAAGAAGAGAAGAAGGAAAGAAAAAAAUAAAUUCAGGCAACCAACCGCAAGACCAACUAAGCAGCGCAUGCCUGAGAAGCAAGGCUCUCUCGAAACAGGGAUGCGCUCAGAACUCUAUCUUUGCACUCCCAAUUCUUUACGGAGAUAUGAAGGGUGACUAGGACCUGAGUCAAAGUGCAGAAUGCAGCUUGCGUGCAAAAGCAGUGGGCUCCUGGCGGAAGGGAGCAGCACAGCCCUAGAGAAAACUCCCACCCACCAGUAACAGGCAGAACUGAAAGCACUUGCUAGGGUGCCCUCACCUCCCCGCCCUCUCUGAAAGUGCAGUUCUAAGCCCUGUAGAAAUGGGUUGGUGUCUUUCUUCUCAUUAUCCCCAUCCCAGUAUGCUGUGGACAUUUGUCUGCAGUGAAAUUAUGCUAUACUCAGUCCUUCGAAACCCAGAUCCUCCCCGGGGGGGGGGGGGGCUCCCCUCCCCAAACCCCAUUUCCUCACACCAUCUUUUCUACCAUUUUCAUCAUAGAAUGCUUCCAAUCUUUUGUGAAUUUUUUUAUUAUAAGAAAAAUCUAUUUGUAUCUAUCCUAACCAGUUUGGGGAUAUAUUAAGAUAUUUUUGUACAUAAGAGAGAAAGAGAGAAAAAAUUUAUAGAGUUUUGUACAAAUGGUUUAAAAUGUGUAUAUCUUGAUACUUUAACAUGUAAUGCUAUUACCUCUGCCUAUCUUAGAUGUGUAGUUCACCUUACAACUUCCAUUUUCCCCACGUGGUUUUGUAAAGAACUCUCCUCACAGGUGAGAUCAAGAGGCCACCAGAUGUACUUCAGCACCAAUGUGUCUUACUUUAUAGAAACUUUGUUAAUGUAUUAAUGAUGUUAUUAAAUACUGUUCAAGAAGAACAAAGUUUAUGCAGCUACUGUCCAAACGUAAAGUGGCAGCCAGUUGGUUUUGAUAGGUUGCCUUUUGGGAAAUUUCUAUCACUGCCUUUUUUUUUUCCUUACUGUUUUAUUACAGACUUACAAGAAACGUGUAUAACCCUGUUUU